CAUCUCUUCUGCCUCAUACUUCCUCUUCCAGUGGAGGCAUCAAUCCCCUUCACCCAUGGCUUGCACUUGGCCACAUGUCCAACUCAAUGUUAAGGAGGACCAUUUGCUCCUAAGUGGCCAUAACUCUCAUCCUUGUCCUUUCUAGGUCAACCCCAGAAGCCAACAGAGGAUGUGGCCAGGUUCUACCACAGCUUCAUCAAGAGCAACUUGAUGCCAGGUGGCAGCAACCCAGAGGUCCUGCGCUGCUACACCAACGACUUCCUCAGGAUGGCUUUUCCUGGGCAGGACCUGGCUGUCUACGAGAUCCUCUCCAAAGUCUUCUUGGCGAAUGCUGGCCAACUCUGCUCCUCCCUGGGCAAGGGGGAGAUGGACUUCUCUCCAAUCUGGCUUCACAUGGAGCACUUCUAUCUCCAAGAUGACUACCAGCUCUUCGUUGACAUAGCCAAGAGCAAUGACACUGUUGUGAGUGAGCUGCAGGCCAUGUAUGAAAAGGACCCACCAGAAAUGUUUGUGACUCUUGAUGCCUUGAACAUUCUCCUGAGGAAGCUGCAGCCCACUGAAGAUGGACUUUUGCCCUUUAAUGCUUGUGUAGCCUGGCUCAAAAGUGUCAAGUCCAUCAAGCCCUGGGUGGAAUGGGUCAGUCUGGACAACCACCAGCUUCACUUGCACCAGAAGCAGCAGCAGCUCCUGGAGUCUGUGUUGCAUGAUUGGACCUGCACCAACAUUGUCUACAUGUUGAUUGACCAUCUGCUGCACAACGAGACGCAGAUAGAGGAGAAGCUCCUGAAGCUCGUGGUGAAGCAGUUCAUUUUCCUCUGGAAUCUGCUCCACAAAAUGCCAAGAUUUGAGCCGGAGAAGACUUUUGAUUUGGUGACCAAAGUGCUGAAGCAAUGCAACAAGAACGCUGAUGUUGUCUACCUGGUGAAGGGGGUGAAGGACUGCAAGAGCUGCCUGCGGGAGAUCACGGAGCCGGCAGAGCUGCCCUGCGGCCACAUCUUCUGCACCCCCUGCAUCCUGGAGUGGCCCAACCGGCAGUGCAAGAUCUGCAAGGAGCACUUCCCAGUGGACUACACACCCACAGCUUCCGAGGCCACGAGGGAAGCCGUUGCCUGUCACAACAAGUUCCGGAGGAAGUGCAAUUCCUUCUUCCUGGAGUUCCUCACUGUCUACUUCUUGGGAGACCAAGCAGCUCCAUCAGCCCAGAUCAUCCAACGCUUGAUCCAGUUUGUGGCUUGCAAACCCAGCCCUGAGCAGCAAGCAGGGAAAAGAGUCUACAAGCCCAAGAGCGAGCUGUCACCCUUCGAGGAGUGCAUGGACACCAGUCCCACCAUCCAGUCCUCCCUCCUGAAGCUGCUGCUGAGAUGCAGGUUCAACAGCGUCAAGGUUCACUUGGAAGAGUACCUGUCCCAGAUGGAGGAGAAGAUGCCCAACCAAAGUAGCAGAGACCAUUUCUACUUCAUGGUGAUCCACUGCCUGGAGGAUUUUAUGCAUCCUUCUGAUGAAGAAGGUGUCAGAGAGCUUGCCCAGAGCUGCCUCUCCACCAUGGACCUCUCCACCUUCUGCCAAGCCGAGGUCUCCAGGAUUAACACUCUCCAGUCCAUCGCCCAACUGCGCCUCUCCAUCAGCCACGUGGCCACCACACUGGGCAGGCAGCUGCUCUCCGAUCCCAGCUCACCCUCUGCCCAGGAGAAGCAGAAGGACCAAGACGUAGUGGAUGCCAUGAAGAAGCUGGUUGCUAAGGCUCCAACUCUGUGGCCUCAGGUGUUUCUCAUCAGAAACCUCUGUGACAUCUAUGGACUGACCUCCAUGUGGAAGAUCCUUCAGGUGGAGAAGUGGAUUUUACCCCAAGGGGUGGACAUUUCCCAGGACAGAAGUGCCUGGUCGAACACCAUGCUGAUGUUCUCAGCGCUGGACAGAGUGCAAAACCUGCUGAAGAACAAAGAGUCCUCAGAAAACCAGAGCUUGGCAGCUGUCAUGAGACAAAUGGAGAACAUCCUCCAGCUGCCACCAGUCCCAGAGGAGCUGCUGGAAGACAAACUGAAGAAGAUCAUGGAUGCACUGGGUGACAAAGACGACCCAGGCCUGCUGGAGGUGGUCUUCCACACUGCACUCACCCUGGCCUUGUCCUCCAGCCCCAUCACUCACCUCCUGAAGAACAUCUGCUUCAAGCCUGACGUGGUGAAGGGGUCAUACCUCCCCACCAUGCCUGGAGACCUUCUCUUUGAUGAGAAGAACUGGAAAAUUGGUGCUACAGACAAGAUCUGGACUUGUCAGUGCGGCACCUUCUGGGUUGUCACCAAGUGUGGGCGUCCCACAGAAGUGAAGCGAUGCAAGUGUGGAGCUGCUGUUGGGGGAAUCAGGCACAAUCCUACAGAUGGCUUUGAGGAGAAGAAGAUCACUGGAGAUCAAACAGAGAAGGGCUACAUCCUGGCAAGCCCCACCAUGAGGAGAAAUGAGCUGGAGAGGUCCCUGUCACCUGCCUGUGUCGGUCUCACACGAGCUCUGCUCCACUCCACCCUUCUGCUGGGGACCUCCACUGACAGACAGGCAGUUUUAGACCUGAUGAAGGAGAAACCAGAGAAUGUGGAAGCCUUCUUCUGGGGCCACCUUCAGAAGGACAUGGAGUGCCUGGCAGAAGCUCUCAGCAGGAACACAGAGGAUGCUGUGUUGAUUGUCCACCUCUUUCUGCAGCAGCUCAGCAAGCACAAGCCAGCAGAGAGCAGUGUAGCCCUGAGCAUCCUGCCUGAAAAAAGGGACCGAGAAGAAUGGGAGAUGUCCUUCAAAGCCCUGGCUCAGCCCUUCUUCCAGGAACUGGAGCAGAUCUUGAAUUCUGUCAAGGAGCAGAGGAUAAGUGAAGGUCCCCAUGGCUCCGGCCUUCUCCUGAAAAUAGCUUAUGGCCAGACACCACCUUUCCAAGACCUCCCAACUGAGGGGUUGAUCAACCAGGCCUGCAUGUGGAGGUUUGAACAGAAGAUGACCAUCCAGACCCUGAUGCAUUUCCUGCUGCAGGAAGAUGGAGGAGGCACUGGAAAUCCUUACCCCAUCCUGCUGGAGCUCCUCUCCAAGCUUGAGAACAUCCAACAUGUCCAACAUCUGCCUGACGUCUUGCGCCUGCAGAACACCCUGAUCCACUUCUUCCAGAGCAGCCACAUAGGAGAAGACUACACAGUCCAGCAGUUCCUGCACCAGCCUGAACUUUCAGAGGACCAACGCUGGGCAUUCAGCAGAGCCAUAGAGACCAUCCGGAAAGUUUGGAGCAACAUCAAGAUGAACCCACCCAGCUCAGGCAUCACUGUCAAGCCAGACCUCUCACCAAAUGAGAUCAACACCAGCACCACCACCAUCCUGAACCUCCUCCCCACCCAAUUCUCCAUCAGCCACUUGGUGACCACAUUCCUCAUUCAGCUGCAGAACAGCUGUGUGGACACGGCUGCGCGGGUCACCAGGGAGAGGCAACGGUCCAUCUCAGCAGAAGAAGUGAAGCCCUCCUCUGUGUUGGCCAUCACCAAGAGUGACCUGUUGACCAUGGCCCUGGCCAACCUGCAGUAUGAGAUAGAGGAGGAUGGCACCAAGACGACCUACUUCGACUUCCAGCUGCUGCAGCGCCAAGUGGUUCAACGCUUCAUCAGCGGGAAGCCCAUCAUCAAGAGCCAGACAGCUCCAUCCAUUGCCCUCAACAAUGUGAGUACCCUUCAGGACACCAAGAUGAAAGUCAAGGACCAGCUGCCCCAGGAGCCGCUCAGCAUCAACCAGCAGAAGCGCAUCAUGGAAGAAGCUCGCUCGGUCAAUGCCCUCUCCAAGGCCUUGGCCACCUUGAAGAUGGCUGCUGAGUUCCUGGCUGUGACAGGUGGUGACCCAGAGCAGCCUCUGCCCAACUAUGUCCGUCAGGAGCUGAGGAUGGACACCAAUGCCAAGCAGUUCCAGGACCUGCCGGUGGUACCCAACACCCAGCUGAAGCACAUCUUGUCUCUGUGGAAGGUCCUGGCAGCUCGCAGGUCCAUGCUGUUGGUGCAGAUGAACCAGGAUCCCUUCUACCUGGUCCCUGAGGAGUUCCAAGGUCAGCUGGAUGUGAAAGAAGUGAAGGACUUGGCCUUGGCUUUGUCCAACACCAACCUCGACCUCUUCCUCAUUGAGCUGCAUGAGAUGAUCAUGGUGGCACUGUCCAACCUGCAGCCUGAACAUGAGUAAGUCCAGGUCAUGUCCUG